CUUUUUUGUCGGAGUUCUGAAUACGUUCACUCUCCCAGUGCUCCGUUUCUAUUGGUUUGCGUGCAAGGGAUAUCGUUUGCAUGCGGCAUUGAUAUUUUUCGGUUUUUAUUUUUUUAUCUCCGUAUCACCAAACUCCCUCAAACUCGGUGACAAAUGCGGAUUGGUCAUCAAUUUAAAAUAGUGUCUCUGGAUUUAAACAUAGUGAAUUUCAUCGGGAACUUAUCAAACAAUAAGAAAAGAUGAAAUCUUUGUAUGGAAUUCUUUACACUUCUUUACUGUUAGUUAUCGCUGAGAGUGAGGAUGAUGUGAUAAUACUAGGCACAAGCAAUUCUACUAUUGAGUGGGAUGCUUACAUUGUGGAGGAGAGACCAUGGUGCCCACCAUCCAUUGAAAUACUCCCUUGCACUUGUAACGGACCUCAAAGUUUUCUGUUACUUCACUGCGACAGAAUUACUGAAAUCUACAGUAUAACUCGAGCUACAAGUUCUAUACAUAGUCAUAGAAAUUACGGUAAAUUCAGUCUCACAAACUCCAGAAUUUCCAGUAUUGAGUCAAAUAUUUUAGGAUACAUACGGUUCGAGUAUAUCUUUUUGAGAAAAAACACAAUUACGAAAAUUGAUCCACAGUUUUUUGAUUCAUCGAGGGAGUCGUUAAAACGGAUUGAAAUAAUACAUAAUGACGUUGAGAAAUUUCCGUUUAAAGAGCUAUCUUCCUUUCCGAAAUUGGAAUACAUCAAUCUCAAGUAUAACUCUAUAAAGAAUAUUCCUGAUGAAGCUUUUGGAAAAGUAUUGAAUCAUAAAAUCAAGCAGAUUGAUUUGUCGUUUAAUAAAAUCAAUCAUAUCGGAUCAAAUGCGUUCAAAUACUUGGCGAAAUUGGAGAAGUUAGACUUAAGGUUCAACAAGUUAACGGUAAUCAAUAACUUGGCUUUUUCAACACUGCACGAAAAUCCAGUCUUGAAUCUUAACCUUUCAAAUAACAAGAUUAUUUUCAUAGCUGAUGGUGCUUUUGAAAAUCAGGUAUUUAAGUGUUUGAAUUUGACGGAAAACAAUCUGACAAAGCUGCAAGAUAAAGCAUUUCGAGGACUCCUAAAAAGAAUGGCAGAGAGGAGGACUGGUGUGGUUUCUGUUGCUGGCAAUAGAUUCCGCUGCACCUGUGACAAAGUCGAAUGGAUUGUGCAACUACCAACCUUAUAUAAGCUUCCAAUUUUAGAUUUCGAGUGUUCCGACAGGGAUAACAAAUCUGUGCAAGAUCUUACGAUUCAAGAUCUCGGAGGGUGCUUGUCACAUUAAUUUUAUUGUCACUCACGAUUUGAAAAAAAUUACCAGCACAAUUGAAUUCUACGUGUCAAUUACGGCAUAGAAGUUCUGUUUUGAAAACAAAAAGCCAAAUAAAUAUGUUUACC